UUUUUGACCCCGAUGCACCGUACUAUCAUCAAUGGCGCAUGAAUACACGCAUAGCCGCUGUACUGCAAAUGUGUGUAAAAAAAAUCCGCAACGUCAAUAAUAAAUAGAAGUCAUAAUUAAAUUUAGAUAUUUUAUACAUUAGUAGUAUUAGCAACGUUAUAUUGUAUAUUAACAUUUUUUGUCAUAAGAUUAAGCGAUAUAGUGUCUUUAACGAAAACACACAGAACUAAUUGCACUCCCUGACUUCACGCUUCGAAAAGUUCACUCGGAGUCAGAAUACAACACCCUCGGUCGUUUCGUUUUGGGGGCUGACAUCGUUGUGUUAUUGUUUAUAGUUAUGUUAAAGGUUCCUCCAGUGAUUGUUGUGCCUUGGAAGAUACUUGGGAUUUCACAUUCAUUGGAUUUUAAUUUACGAACGCGUUCAGGUUCGCACAAGGACAUGCUGUUGUGCGCUGUAGUCACAUGUGUAAUAUUUGUUGACUGUUCGUUUGACAUUGGCCGAUGUGAGAUGAAGGCUGUGCUAAUUUCCAUUGCCGUCGUGGCUUGUUGUAUGAUUGCUGUCAGGGGCGAGGCCUACGGUAACUAUGGAAACGGACAGUACGUGCAAAAAGGACAUACCAACCAAUACAGCAAGGGUGGAUACGCCAAGGGAUACUCCACAUAUCCGACGUAUUCCGGAUAUUACUCCGGAUAUUCCGGAUACGGGCAAAACCCAGUUGCAAAGAAGGAGAUUAUUUUUGGGGCACCUUUAUUCGCUCCUCCCCCCGCCGCUCCUUUACCAGCCGAUAGUGGUUCCUUAUUCGGCGGUGAUGGGACAAUUUUUCUGUUCCUCCUGUUUCUGCUCCCUAUUCUUCUUAAUGACAACCUCUCUGGUUAAGAACGGGCUGCCCAGUAAGUCAAUGUCUGUCUUAUGUAUCACACACUACGGGAAGAUGAUGCAGGUUUCAUGGGAAUAUUCUUCGGAUUGCUUUUUUUUUUAAUAAUAUGUCAAAUAAAAAAUUAAAUAUUUUUUAAU